AUAUACUGAAAUUAUAUUAGGUUGUAUCAUUUUAGGCGAAAAGAACGCAUUUUCUGAUUUCAAUACAGGCAAGACCAUAGGAUAUCUCAAGAUAGUCAUCAAGGAGCAGGCAGGAUUGGAUAGUCCCGCAUACAAACUGAAAUUAUGGAAAGUCAAUAUUCCUGAAAGCGAGAAACAUAAGAUAUAUGAAGGAAUCGACGUCAAAGUAAAGUUUGGAGAUUCAGCCUCUGGACAAUAUAACGAUAGUAUUAAUAAGUCUGCUAGAGCAGAAGCAAAGCGACUUAUCAUUUUAGAAUUUACUCUCAAUGGCAGACAACAAAGUAUCAAAAUAAUUAGAGACAAAUUGAGGCUUCUUAGACUUGCAUUUUAUGACCUGAAAUCAAUUAUUACGUCUGCUUUAAGAUUCUUAAAGAUUCUUAGAUUGUUUAAGAUUUCAAUAGUAAUUGCUGGCAGUAAAUAUCUUGUUGGUCAUUUCCGUCUGGUUACUCGCCUUGUUAAAGAAAUUAUAGAUGCAGAAAAUCUACAAGAAAGCAAAUAUGCUGUGCUUGAAAUCGCUGUAAAUAAGACAGUGCAAUUAGUUAAGAAUGGAAUGACAUGCCAUCUUGAAAAAUUGGCAACUGAAGCAUAUGAAAAGGAAGAUCUUAGGAAUACAGUUUUUGAUUUUGUUAAUGAAAUCUAUGGCAACCAAUCACAUCUGCCAGAAUGGACUAAAGAAGCAAUUAUCAACAUUAAAUCAUAUGGAAAUUUACAAAUGUUUUUUCAGCAUGAUGAAACAUUGAAAGAUGAUGUAGAUGUUAUCAAUAAGUUUCUAUCUACAUCAACACUAUUAGAAUAUGUGUUUGUACCUGGUCAAUACAUGCGUCCAGACGGUACAGAUAUUGAUAAUGACAAAAAAUCAACAGAUUGGGGUCUUAUGUAUCACCAGAAGGAUGGCAAAGUAAAAUGUACCAGCCUGAAGAAAAAAUUUGAUGGUGUGAUCAACAACUUUAACCAUUGCGAUUCACUUCGAAUUCAUUAUAUAUUACCUGACGUAACUCAAGAACGCACUUCAAAACAAUCAAAUAGAGGUGGUUGUUAUACUGAGAAUAAUGAUAUUAUUAUGUAUAUUGAUGAAAAAUUGUUAGAACGCUAUUUUCUAACAGAGUAUGCAUCUUCUUUAAGGGAGAUUCUUACACACAAUUAA